CUACUCGGCGAAAUUUUAUUGGAUCGUUGCAAUUUCAAUGUGAUGACUCGAUAUAUCGCGAACGCAGAGAAUUUGAAAUUAAUGAUGAAUUUAUUGAAAGAUAAAAGUCGUAAUAUUCAAUUUGAAGCUUUUCAUGUGUUUAAGAUAUUUGUAGCCAAUCCAAACAAGAACAAAUCAAUUUCCGACAUUUUAUGGAAAAACAAAGAGAGACUAAUCCAAUUCUUGGGAAAUUUCCAUAACGAACGUCAUGAUGAUGAACAAUUUAAUGAUGAGAAGGCAUUUUUACUUAGGCAAAUUCAAGACUUGAAAUGCUCAAAUGACUUAAAAGACUGA